AUGAUUUCUUUAUUUGCACCAAACUUUGAGUUUCUUCUAAAGCUAAAAAUAAAUUUUACUUUUUGUUGCUUCUAUUCUUCUCAUUAUUGUUGCAACUUCAAUAAUAAUAAUAAAGUAUGUACUUCUCUUUUUCUUCCCAUGUUUCACUCAAGAUGAACUGCUGGGCACCGGCCUUGGCGUCAAAAGUCCCUCUGAAUACCAGGAGAAACCAGACUGCCUCUCCUGCUCUUAGACAAAUGAAGUCUGACCUUUUAAGUCAACGUAUUGGUGGAUUUGGAACCAAUCUUAGCAGUGGAGGGAGUUCUCUGGGAGGAUCAAGAAUCAUUACUCAACUGAAUCUUCAAAGAACUCUUUCGCGAAGAAAAAGUCCUAUGGUGUCUGCUUGCUGGGUGCCAAGUUCAGAAGUUGCAUCUACUGCUUUCACAGUGGGAACAGCAGCAGUUCUUCCGUUUUAUACCGUCAUGGUUGUGGCUCCUAAAGCUGAACUUACCAGAAAAGCGAUGAAAAGCAGCAUACCCUACGUUGUGCUUGGACUUCUGUACGCAUAUUUAUUAUACCUCUCCUGGAAACCAGAUACAAUUCGGCUGAUGUUUGCUAGUAAAUACUGGCUCCCAGAGCUGUCUGGUAUAGCGAAGAUGUUCUCCAAUGAAGUGACGUUAGCUUCUGCAUGGAUUCAUCUGUUGGCCAUUGAUCUUUUUGCUGCAAGGCAGGUUUAUCAUGAUGGAUUGCAGAAUGAUAUUGAAACUCGCCAUUCUGUGUCUCUGUGCUUGCUGUUUUGCCCUGUUGGAAUUCUUACUCACUGCAUCACCAAAGCUCUAACUAGUAGCCCAGAAAAGAAACAGCAUAGGACUCAUUAACCGGUGUUUUAGGCCUUCUUAUGUUAUCCGUAAAUGAUCAGCCAGCGUGUGACUUAUCAGCAAAGUGUAAAGGUUUUAAGUCAAUGAAUACAUAAGCUAUUUCAAUAACUUGUUUCUAAGAUGGAUGAAUGUACAAGAUUUCUUCCUUU